AUGGCGAGCAACCAGGCUGUAGAUGCCGCAGAGCGUGAGCGGCAAGAUCGCUUUGAAAUCAUUCCUCAGGGCUCUUUCCCCCCUGGAUUUUCCCCGUUCUUUCCCCAGUCACCGGCCUUCCCUGUCGAAAGCAUGACCAAAAAAUCACCGCAGCUCUCUGGGUUCCCGUCCCCGGGAGAAAAGGAGCAUCAACCGAACAUGCCGCUCGCAAGCAAACGGUCACGUCACAGCCGAGCAGCUAAGGAGACUCGAGCUCAAUUGACGCAGCUCUUCAACGAAUUUGCGGAGCCAAGGCCCUGCCGGACAGCAGGGUCAGGCCCUCCCUUGAUGCACCUGAUUCGUCACACAUGUGGCGGGUGUCGCACAGGGAAAGUUCUCGACAAGAGCGCCCUCCUUUGUCUCUUCUCGCACCUGCCAGCGAUGGUUUUCGAGAGAUUCUUCGAUCUCCUCGACGAAGACGGAGACGAGAGAGUGGAUCUGAAGGAAUUCUGCAAGGGUUUGGACAUGUUUUGCAGUCAGGACGAAGAAAAGCUGCUGCGUUUCCUCUUCAAUUUACACCGCGAGACCGAGGAAUUCAGCGAGCGCGCGCAAAGGGACGAGACCUGUGGAGAGGAAGGCGAAACGGAAAGGGAAGGAUUUCCGGGAGGCAGGGAAAACAAAAGGAGAUCAAGACUUGUCGGCGUCAUGGAGACAAAUCGAUAUCCUUUCAGUCACGGCGCUCCGCCCCGCGCACAGCCUCACUCCGCUAGUAGCGACGAAGCCUCCCCAACUUCAUAUUCUUUUGCCUCGGCCUUGACGUCCGGUGCGUCCUCGUCUUCCGAAGAAGAGGAGGAAGACUCUCUGCGAUUCGACGAAAAAGACCAACUCGUGCGGAAACGCAUCGACGAAAUCGUUGAAGCUGCUUUCCAACAUAAACAGAGGAAACCCGACAGAGACUUCCGAAACUUGUUCUCGUUUCCCUCGCAUGCCGCCAAGGGGCAAAGAGGAAGGGAAAGAAUUCCACCUCCUCUGUCGCAACCCAUUCGAAAAGAAGAAGGCCUCACCUUCGAGGAGUUCCUCGCCGCUCUAGAACAAAACAGAGAAAUACACGACGAAAGGGCGACGAUUCUUUCCUUGUCGAAUACCGGAGGAGAGUUGCAGAGAAGCGGGAGGAUUUGCCUCGGAACUAACCUUCCUGCUCUCUCUGACUCCACAUCGUCCUCUUCCUCCUCCUCUUCUUCCUCUUCCGCUUCUUCCUCUUCCUCUUCUUCCGCUUCUUCCUCUUCCUCUUCUUCCGCUUCCUCCUCUUCCUCUUCUUCCGCUUCCUCCUCUUCCUCUUCUUCGGUUCCAAAGAGCGAAGAGGGACAGCGAGAAGGAAACACGGAUUUCUGUGGGCAGCAAACGAGACAGCCGAAGCAGACGCCUGGCAGUUUUGCGAGCGGCGACCGAGGCGAAGAAGCGCAGAAGCAGGAACACGCGGCAGGCGAGCGAAAGCGUGGACUAAACGAGAAGAGACAUCGUUCCCUUGGACACCUUCUGUCUCUCGUCGUGCCGCUCGGCCCCACGCCUCUGCUAACGACAGGCGAGAGACGCAGGCGACGCAGCCUGGCGCACGGCCUGUUCUUCUCCUCCCUAGCCUCCUCCGUGUAUGAGGUCGGCGGGAGGGGCGCAGACCUCCGGCGUCCCGCGCAGGCGGCUUCGAUUCGAGAGCGAAGAGACUCCGACGAAGAGGAAGCGGAGACUGCGGAAGACACGGAGGCGGAAGCCCCCGAAGAACGACGCGAGCGCGAAGCGGAGAAAAGAGACUUCCGAGACAGAGACGCUCGCAGCGGCGCCUCAGCAACCCAGCUGCUCUGGGGAGGAGAGCGCAGGCGGGAAGAGAGAAGAGGAUGCGAAGGAAGGAGAGUCGAGGAAGACAGUGCUAGGAGAGGAAGGAGAGAGAGUUCGUCGGGCCGGCUGUCGAAAGGGAGAAGCGCAGUGGGAGCGGCAAUCACGGAAGGCGCGCGUGCCCUGCUGUCUCGGUUUGGCUUGGCGAAGGCUGAUCGCGACCGCGAAUCUUAUCUCCUCAAUUUUCUGGAUGCAGACGAGGAACUCCAGAUGCACGGCUGGUUGUGGAAAAUCGGUCAGCACUUCGGGGCUUGGGUUCGACGCUACUACUUUCUCACCGGAAAACACCUCUGGUGGCAGUCGCAGAUUCUUAGCACCCGACCGGCGCACUGCUUGUACCUUCACGGUUGCUCUGUCCAUGCCCUCGUAGAUGACCCCUUCGGGAUGAGGGCGCCGCAGCCCGCCAGCGCAACGUCUCCGACCUUCACGUCGCCUGUCGCCGGCACGCACGGCCGCUACGCGUUGGAGAUCAUCAAGCCGAACGGCCGCGUGGGAAAGCGCCUGUAUGCGGUCACUGCUGACGAGCGGCAAGCGUGGUUGGAAGCUUUGCAGCUUGCCUGUGGCGUCGAGGAUUUCCACGACUUCUACUGCCUCCAUGCAGAGGAGGUUCUCGGACAGGGAAAAUAUGGGACGGUGAAGCUUGCUCACGAGAAAGCAACCGGGAAGAUGGUAGCCGUGAAAAUCCUCGACAAGGGAAGCAUCCAGUCGCAGGAAGACAGAGAGUUCACACGGCGCGAGAUGGAAGUUGUGAAGGUUUUGCAACAUCCAAAUCUCGUGCAAACACUCGACGUGUUCGACCGAACUGGUCCUGCUCCGUAUGCGUACAUUGUCAUGGAGCUGCUGCCUCAUCGUGAUCUCGGGUGUCUCAUUCGUCUCACCAGGGUCAUCCAGUAUUUGAGCUUGAAGUUGCUGCUUCGACAGCGUAGGCGCUUUCUCCAGGCACGCGGAAGUGUCCCUGAAACGACUCAGCCAGUUGUGAUUUCCUCGCUUCCUCGUCCCAGUCCUCUCCUCUUUCCGCCUCUCUCUGCUGCUCCGUCUCCCUUCCGGAAUCCCGAACUCGGCGACGCCGUCCCUCCGGUCCGCGCCGCCUCUCCCGAUGCGUCUGCUGUGCUCCCUUCUUCGUCUUCUUCCUUCGCUGCUUCCGAAGCGUUCGCUGCGUCUUCUCUCGAGGAAAGUUUCUUGGAGACCGACUUCAGCAUGGACGGCAGAUGGCUCCUCGAAGAACAUGUGAUCUUGCGAAUCGUCACCGGCCUCUUGAAGGCGACUCGCCACAUGCAUUCCAAGGGCGUCGUGCACCGCGACUUAAAACCGGAAAACCUGCUUCUUCUCCUCUCUGCGGCGCCUGGGGAGGCCCCGGACGCGCGCGACUGUCGGCGAAAAGACGAAGAAAGAAAUUGCCAGGAGCCGGACGCAGCCCCGGAGACAGCGCGACGGCCAGGGCGGUGGGACCUGUCGGCCAGUGGCGGAGAUCGGGCGAGCCAGAGAGAGAGAAACCGCGCACGCGGCACGAGUGGGGAGACAAACGACGAAAGCGCAGGAGAGAGACAGGAAACAGCGCUGCAGUGGAGGGAGCACCAAGCCAGCAUCGCGCCGCGAACCGAGCGGAGAGACAGUCCGUUCCCGCCGCCGACGAUUGUCAUUCGGAACGUUGAAGGCGGCAUCAUCUGGCGAUCCCCGUGCGCCGCCUCUCGUGUUCUGCCUUUCUGCUCUCUUUCCAAUCCGUUCGCACCUCACGCGCGUUCUGCCUCGAGCUCGUCUCGUGCAGAACGAGAAAGAGGACGCGAAGCUCCAGGUUCGCGGCCUCGUCCCUUCUCCUUCAACGCCUCUCCCCCGCGCCAGCUGGAGAGAGAGAACGGAGCAACGGGACAUAGCCAAGGGGGGACGGGAGCACGCGUGGCAGGCGCGCCGACUCCUGGGCCCGGAAACAGGCAGAACGCCGACGAACCCCCUCGUGACUCUUCCAGUCGGUUCCCACGAUCCGGAUCCCUCCUCGGCGUCGUCCAACCCUCUGUAGCUUCUGGGUACCCUUCUGCCUCUGACGCGACUCCGCUCUUGUUCUACCAGCCUCCUGCCUCACUUCCUUUCCCUGCUGCCGCGCGUUCUUCUCCUCCUCUGUCUCCCUUUUCGUCUUCGACUCCGUCGUCUCGCGCCCAAGGUGAAGGCGAGAGAUCGUAUACAUCUUCGCCGUCGUCUUCUCUGCCAGCUUCGGUUUUCUCGGCUCCUCGUCCUGCAUGGCACUCCAGCGACGGCUUGAUCGAAGACCUCAAGGAUUUCCCGAAGUCGAUCUUGACUGCAGACGAGCGGAAAGAACUCGAGGAGUGGGUGCCGGCGUUUCUGUCUCGGUCGGGGUGCAAAAAGCAUCUCCUCUGCCCCUCGCGGCCUCUCUAUGGCCGCAGUCCGCCUCUCUCACGCUAUGCGGGGUGUACCUACACCUCGCGGCAGCGCUCCUCGUCCUUCUCUGCGCAGGCGUUACUCCGCGACGGGGCUCGCUCGCUUUCCCUUUUUCUGGCGAACGGCGGAAGACAACUGGGCGUUGGCAGGUGGUUUGGAGGACGCCAGGAAGAAGAGAGCGAGGCCGAAAGAAUCGACAGACGCGAGCGUGAGCUCGAAGCGAGUCAGCGGAGGAGAUCCGCGAGGCAGAGAGCAGCGCCGAAUCCGCUGUCAAGAUUCCAAUCCAACGACAUGAUUCUGGAAGAAAGAGACGUAGGCAACACAGAUGCCGGUCGGAAUCUGCAACCGCGAGCGGAGCCAGAUGGAGAGAAAGACGGAGAAGGAGAACGCGGCGACUCCGACUACGGGGGGCGCAAGCGGCAGGACAGAACAGAUCGCCGAGGAUUAGACGAAGCUUCUCGUCCGUCUUCUGCUCCUUCUUCCUUUUUUCCGGCUUCUUCUCCGCCACCUUCUCUCUCCCUGUCUUCUCCGCGCGGAGCGACUGAGGGCAGCGGUUCGAGCGCGGGGAGCGGCCGGGGAUCGGGGCAGCCCGAUAUAGGGAGCGACUCUGGGCAAGGCGACUCGAUGCGCCGCCAGGAAGCCUGCAGGGAUCGCGGAACGCAACAACGCAGCGUUCCAGCGUCUCCACUUUCCACGCAGUUCCUCACGGUUCCAGGGCCCCGUCUCUUGCCGUUUUUCGAGCCUCUGCCCACGCCUUCGCGUUCGCGGCCGACCGGUUCUCUCGCGCCUCCCCCGCGUCCUGGCGUCCCUGCUGCUCCGUCUCGGGGGGAGAGAGGUCGACGGCGGUACUCGUCUCCUUCGGCUGUUUCAGAGGUUUCGCGGCGGGAAGCCAGCGAGACUCAGGGCGUUCGGCGAGCGGGCCGCCGCCACGCCUCACUGCCUGCUUCUCAAGGCGCGCCGCUGCCUGAUGAGAGAGGGGCGCUCGAGGGGUUGUCUGCUGCCUCUCAGCCUCAAGCCUCCUCACAGUUAAGUUCUCCUCGUUCUCCUUCCCCUGAUGAAGCGCCGAGCUCGCUCGACUCUGGAGAUCGCAGCCGUCAGGACGUGUGUAGAUCUCUCCCCGUCAACGUCUCCUCUCGCUCGUCGUCCGAGACAGUAGCUUCGCCCGCGAGGCAGGACGAGGCGGCCGCGCUGCAGUCUCCUCUCCUGGAAGCGCUGGCGCCGACGCGAACCUCUUCCUCUCCGUCUUCGGUCUGUUCUCGGUCGCCUUUGUGUCGGCCUCGGCCACAGGCAGGCAACGAGGCAGAGAGGCUCCAGUGGUGCAUGCGCGUGUUGAGGCAGAUCCAGGAGCGCUUAGUUUCCAUCAAGGUCGCGGAUUUCGGCUUCUCGGCUGUGUUGGCUCCGAACUGGCGUGCGUCCGACUCGCUCGGGACGCUCGCGUACGCUGCCCCGGAGGUGUUGGUAGGGCUCGAGUACGACAAAGCAGUGGAUAUGUGGAGCAUCGGCGUCAUCACCUUCGAACUUCUCUCACAAGGCGUUCUCCCCUUUCAAGGGAAAACGGAGCAGCAAAUCGGCGCAUCUAUUCUCGAGGGGCACUACUCCUUCGACUUCGGGCUCCACCGGCGCAUCGGACCGUUCUCUCCACGGACCGUUUCCGGCGCCGCGCGGGAUUUUGUCUCUCGCCUUCUCUGUCACCCUGCGCGCCGAAUGAAUAUCGAAGAAGCUCUCAACCACCCCUGGAUCGCAAAUGCAGAAAACGACCUGACUGCGCCUCCUUCACCCAAACGAUUCUUCGUGUCUUAA